UACUUGUCAUUCCUUGUCACUGCUGCUUUGACCACAGAAAGAUAUUUGUUUAUGACAUCUGGUUGAUUUUGAAAUCAACCUAAUUCUGAAGAAUAAGAAGCACAUUAAAAAAUGCCAAUGGAGAAGAACAAAGUUUCUAGAGUUUGUGUUACAGGUGGUUCUGGAUAUAACGGCUGUUGGCUUGUCAAAAAGCUCCUGGAGAAUGGCCAUACAGUCCAUCCCACUGUCAGAAACUUAGAGGAUGCAUCAAAAGUAGGCCUUCUGAAGUCUCUCCCUGAUGCAGACUCCAAGUUAUUGCUGUUCCAAGCUGAUUUAUAUGAUCCUAAUGAGUUUGAGCAUGCUAUUCAAGGGAGUCAGUUUGUUUUUCAUGUUGCCACUCCUACUGAACAUAACCCUGAAAUCUCCAAGAUUGACUCAAGGGCCACAAGUAGGAAGCAAAGGUGACUUCAGUAAGCUGAUGAAGAUGGGUUUUGAGUACGAGUAUGGCAUAAAGGAUAUACUAGAUGACAGUGUGGCAUGGGCAAAGAAGUUAAAUGGGAGCUCUCUUUCUCAAGUAGUAUAGUAGUUUGUGUUUGCUGCUGUAUUAUGGGGGGGAUAGAUAUACUGAUGAACAAUAAGCUAGCGCAAGUGUUUGUUAUGAAUCAUCUGCAUAUAUAUAUAUAUAUAUAUAUAUAUAUAUUAUCACUCAAUAGCAAUUAUUACACCAUGCAGUUCAAGUAAACUUCUACAAA